AUGGAUCCUGACAAUGGUGGUCUUUAUGAUAAUGAACGUCAGUUACAUAUUAUUCCGAUGGUAUGGACACCAUUGCGUGGCAGUUCUAUUGACAUUCCAGAGGAUGCUCAAUGGGAACAACAUGGUGUUAUUGUUGCUGGAGGAUAUGGAGAAGGUAAUGGAACGAAUCAAUUCAAAAGUCCAGAAGGUUUAUUUGUGGAUGAUGAAGAAAACCUUUACAUUGCUGAUGAACUUAAUCAUCGUAUCAUAAAAUGGAAAGCGCAUGCAACAAUUGGUCAAGUGAUUGCGGGAGGAAAUGGAGAAGGAAAUGAAACUCAUCAGUUACAAUAUCCAACAGAUGUGAUUGUUGACAAAGAGACAGAUAGUCUCAUCAUCUGCGACCGUCGUAAUAAGAGAGUGGUUCGAUGGCCUCGGCAAAAUGGUACAAAUAGAACUACGAUUUUAUCGAACGUUGAUUGUUGGGGUUUGACCAUGGAUGAAAGUGGCUCUCUCUAUGUUAGUCUCUUCGAUGAAAGUGCGGUGAGACGAUAUGAAAGAGGAGAUUCUGAAGGAACAGUAGUUGCGGGUGGCAAUGGAAGGGGAAACAAUCUCGAUCAACUCAACCGGCCAUCCUUCGUAUUUGUUGAUCGAGGCCAUUCAGUGUACGUCACUGACCUUUACAAUGAUCGUGUGAUGAAAUGGAAAAAAAAUGCUAAAACAGGUAUCGUUGUUGCUGGUGGUUAUGGAUUAGGAAGUAGUCGCGAACAACUUCAAAAUCCACGAGGUAUUGUUGUUGAUCAAUCAGGUAAUCUUUAUGUGGCUGACGAUAGCAAUAAUCGAAUUAUGUGUUGGCCUGAAGGAGCUAAACAGGGCAGUGUUGUUAUUGAUGGUAAAUCAGGACAAUGGAAAGGAGCCGAUGGUUUAUCUUUCGAUCGCUAUGGUAAUCUGUAUGUCGUCAAUGUGGAUAGUUAUCGUGUUCGACGCUUUAAUUUAACCAAAUAA